AUGGCGCUGCAAAUGAGCAACAGCUGCUGCUACUUUGCCGCCGCAACAUCGCUAUCAUUCCGGCUGUCAGGAACUCCUUUUAUCUCCAACAACAAUAACCUCAUGUCUUUCCAGCCAUCACGAAAACAACCUGGUAGUAGUUGCAGGUUUCCCGUGGUGGUUGCGUUGCAGGGGGUGGUUGCGUUGCAGGGGGUGGUUGCAGGCGGUGGUUGCAGGUUUCCGGUUGUUGCAGAUGGUGGUUGCAGGUUUCCGGAGCAUGGUUUGCUCUAUAUUGAAGUUGAUCCAGAGGGAGCAGACUCGUGGAAAUUGGAUGCAGCUGUGGAUAUAAUUAAUGCUUGCCUUUCCAUUUUAUGUUUGUGGGAUAUAAUUAUAUCGCUCUUGCAGCCCUUUAGCAUUUUAUGCCGUUCUUUUCAUGACAUAGAUAUCUAUACAACUGGGUUCCCUUGUGGGAACAGCUAUGGCUUUUCUGACUAUUUCCUGGCUGUGAAGCAUUGUGUGCCAGGACCCUACACUUUCAUCUUAACUGCAAGCAAAGCGUUACCAAUACAGUGUGUCCUUUUACCCAAAAAGAAAACGUUGGGUGUUCACAUACCUGAUGAUGUUGUAUGCCAAGCAGUAUUGGACAAGAUGGGUGCAUCUCUGAUUUCCACAAGUGUCAGGUCACUAGUGGAAAAUCAAGGGAUACUUGAUCCAGUUCUAAUAGCUGAUACAUAUGGACCAGUGGGACUUAAUCUUGUCAUCGAUGCUGGUGAUAGAGUGUCUGACCCGUCUACUGUAGUGGACAUGAUGCGGAUACCCCCAAAAGUUAUUCGUCAAGGAAAGGGUCCUAAACAGCAACGGAUGCUUGAAGAGGACAGUGCAACUGAAUAAAAAAAAGAUUAAGAGAGUUGGUAUCAGUAUCACCUGCUGACUACCAAGCAUUGAAGAUAUAUAACAAAACUGAUGUAGUGAUAUACUCUUCAUCUGAUAGUGAAGAUGAAGUCGUCAAAGUGACAUAUACACAAACCGUUACAAGCUUAAAGAGAUGGAAAAAAGGUAUCAACUCCAAUAGAAAGUUCUCACAUGGAAAAGAAACCAAGAAACCAUUGACACUUUAAGAAACUAUGGAUACAAAGUUAGAUUCAUUUGCUUUUGAUUAUAAGUCUUAAUGCUGUGAAAUGGUAGACAAGAUUGGUGUUGGUGCUAAUGCUUUGACCAUUGCUUGUAAUAAAUCUGCUUGUGUGGGUAAAGAGAAGAUGCAAGGGGUAACGAACGAACUUCUCAACAUUGGUAUUUCCCGCUUGGAUGUUGGCAAGGUUGUUGAGGCUGGCUUCAAUGACUAAAAUGAAACCUUGUUUACUUUGCCAUCGUAUUUGAGGAAAGCCUAUGUUGUGGGGUUCUUACAUUCACAAAUCUAGUUCAUGAGUAGUAUUUUAAUUUUAUGUUGUUUUGGUAUAAAAGACUCUUGGUGGUUUUGCUAGUUAUAACAUUGUUAUAUGUUUUCUAAGUACUACUACAAAUGUUGUUUGGGUAUUUUGAAUCUAUAACCUUGAUUUUCUACCA